AGAAGGCAGGUACCGAGACCAACGUCUGAGGGGACUUGGAACCAUGCAAAUAUUCGUGAAGACCCUAACCGGCAAGACCAUCACUCUUGAUGUCGAGGCCGCCGACACCAUCGAGGCUGUCAAAGCUAAGAUCCAAGACAAGGAGGGAAUCCCUCCGGAUCAGCAGCGUUUGAUCUUCGCUGGCAAGCAGCUCGAGGAUGGCCGCACUCUCUCUGACUACAACAUCCAGAAGGAAUCUACUCUUCAUCUCGUUCUCCGUCUUCGUGGUGGUGUUAUCGAGCCCUCCCUAGCCGUCUUGGCUAGGAAGUACAACUGCGACAAGAUGAUUUGCCGUAAAUGCUACGCUCGUCUCCCCCCUCGUGCGGUGAACUGCCGUAAGAAGAAGUGUGGUCACUCCAAUCAGUUGCGCCCCAAGAAGAAGCUGCGAUAAGACCCUCAUUGUCGCUGCCGACGUAGUCUAGAUGCCGUAACAGCUGUCGUUUUGGCGUUGGUUAUUAACAUCCGGAUGGCGCUGGUUCCCCUUGCCCGCUGGUUUUGAGGAC